AUGGGAUUUGAUUUAGUCUUCUUUCAAGCCGUCGAUAAAGAAAGCGGCUUGUCCGCCUCACUUGCGUAUAUUUUAUUGGAAUUACUUCUCGCAACACUCUUCACUGUGUUGAUUGGAUGGCUGCUGCGAUUUAUUCCGCCGUGGUGGGCCGGCAGAGAACUCCCACGCACCCGACAGACCGUAAAGACCAGCAGAGAAGAUGUACACAAAGUAAAGAAGAUCCAUCAUGUAGACAACACCCUCUCUUCUCUCACGGAAGGCAGGAAGGCAAAAAUAUCAUGUGAGUCUAAUAAUAAUAAUAAUAAUAAUAAUAAUAAUAAU